AUGAGCUCCGACGCCGAGAUGGCUCAGUAUGGGCCGUCAGCCAUCUAUCUUCGCAAACCGGAGAAGGAGCGGAUCGAGGCGCAGAACCGACCUUUUGAUGCCAAAACGGCCUGCUUCGUGCCCGACCCCAAGGACCUGUACAUUCCAGGUGUCGUCCAGAAGAGAGAUGGUGGCAAAGCCACCGUGAAGACGGACAAAAAUGAGACUGUAACAGUCAACGAUGAGGACUGCCAUCCCAUGAAUCCCCCAAAGUACGACAAGAUCGAGGACAUGGUUAUGAUGACACACCUCAACGAGCCGUCCGUGCUGUUUAACCUCAAAGAUCGUUACGCAGCGUGGAUGAUUUACACGUAUUCCGGACUGUUCUGCGUCACGGUCAAUCCGUACAAGUUGCUGCCGGUGUAUGAGCCAGUCGUGGUGUCGGCCUACCGGGGGAAGAAGCGCAUGGAGGCUCCUCCUCACAUCUUCUCAGUGUCUGAUAAUGCCUAUCAGAACAUGCUCACAGACCGUGAGAACCAGUCUGUCCUGAUUACUGGAGAAUCUGGUGCAGGAAAGACGGUGAACACCAAACGUGUCAUCCAGUACUUUGCCACAAUCGCAGUGGCUGGAGGCAGCGACAAGAAGGAACCAGCACCUGGAAAGAUACAGGGGACACUGGAGGAUCAAAUCAUCUCAGCAAACCCUCUGCUGGAGGCAUUUGGGAACGCCAAGACUUUGAGGAAUGACAAUUCCUCACGUUUUGGAAAAUUCAUCAGAAUUCACUUUGGAACAUCGGGCAAACUCGCUUCAGCCGAUAUUGAAACUUAUUUGCUGGAGAAGUCAAGAGUAACAUUUCAGUUGUCCGCAGAAAGAAGCUACCACAUCUUCUACCAGAUUAUGACUGGACACAAACCAGAGCUCAUAGAAAUGUUGCUGAUAUCUACAAACCCCUAUGACUUCCCUUUGAUAAGUCAGGGGCAGAUAACUGUGGCCAGCAUUGACGACAAAGAAGAACUUGUAGCUACAGACACUGCCACAGACAUCCUGGGCUUCACCAAUGAAGAGAAGAUGUCCAUCUACAAGCUGACGGGUGCGGUCUUGCAUUACGGCAACAUGAAGUUCAAGCAGAAGCAACGGGAGGAGCAGGCGGAGCCUGACGGCACAGAGGUGGCUGACAAAGUGGCUUUCCUCAUGGGGCUGAACUCCGCCGAUCUGCUCAAAGGCCUCUGCUACCCCCGCGUCAAAGUGGGGAAUGAGUACGUCACAAAGGGCCAGACGGUUCCCCAGGUCGCUAAUGCAGUUGGCGCUCUGGCCAAGUCUGUCUAUGAGAAGAUGUUCUUGUGGAUGGUGAUACGCAUCAAUGAGAUGCUGGACACAAAGCAGCCAAGACAGUUCUACAUUGGAGUGUUGGACAUCGCUGGAUUUGAAAUAUUUGACUUCAACAGCAUGGAGCAACUGUGCAUCAACUUCACCAAUGAGAAGCUGCAGCAGUUCUUCAACCAUCACAUGUUUGUGCUGGAGCAAGAAGAGUACAAAAAGGAAGGAAUUGAUUGGGAGUUCAUUGACUUUGGCAUGGACCUGGCAGCCUGCAUCGAGCUCAUAGAGAAGCCAAUGGGCAUCUUCUCCAUCCUCGAAGAGGAGUGUAUGUUCCCCAAGGCGUCAGACACUUCCUUCAAGAACAAGCUCUAUGACCAACAUCUUGGGAAAAACAAUGCUUUCCAAAAGCCCAAGGUGGUGAAAGGCAGGCCUGAGGCUCACUUCUCCUUGGUGCACUACGCCGGCACUGUGGACUACAACAUCUCCGGCUGGCUGGAGAAGAACAAGGACCCACUGAACGAGUCUGUGGUGCAGCUGUACCAGAAGUCCGCUUUAAAACUGCUGUCCUUCCUCUAUGCCUCAUUUUCUGGGGCUGAAGGAGACUCAGGUGGUGACAAAGGUGCGAAGAAAGGUGGAAAGAAGAAGGGUGGCUCCUUUCAGACAGUGUCCGCAGUUUUCAGGGAAAAUCUCGGGAAGCUGAUGACUAACUUGAGAAGUACCCACCCACACUUUGUACGUUGUCUGAUUCCAAAUGAGGUUAAAACCCCAGGUAUCAUGGACAACCACUUGGUUAUCCACCAGUUGCGCUGUAACGGUGUGCUGGAAGGAAUUCGCAUUUGCAGGAAAGGAUUUCCCAGCAGGAUUCUGUACGCUGACUUCAAGCAGAGAUACAGAAUCUUGAACGCCAGCGCCAUCCCAGAGGGACAAUUCAUCGAUGGCAAGAAAGCUUCCGAGAAGCUCCUGGGUUCUAUUGACGUCGAUCACACGGAGUACCGCUUUGGCACGACCAAGGUUUUCUUCAAAGCUGGUCUACUGGGAACUCUUGAGGAGCUGCGAGAUGAAAAACUAGUUUCGCUUGUGACACAGACACAGGCUGUUUGUCGCGGUUUCCUAAUGAGAAAGGAAUACUCUAACUUGAUUGCUCAAAAAGAUUGUGUCUGGAUUCUACAAUACAAUCUGCGCUCGUUCAUGAACGUCAAACACUGGCCAUGGAUGAAGCUCUUCUUCAAGAUCAAGCCUCUACUCAAGAGCGCUGAGACAGAAAAGGAAAUGGCCACCAUGAAAGAAGACUUCAUCAAAUGUAAGGAGGACCUGGCCAAGUCAGAGUCCAAGAGGAAAGAUCUGGAGGAAAAAAUGGUUUCUCUGCUACAGGAAAAGAAUAAUCUCCAACUUCAAGUACAAUCUGACUCUGAGAACCUCUGUGACGCAGAGGAACGAUGCGAGGGCUUGAUUAAAAGUAAAAUCCAGCUGGAGGCCAAACUAAAAGAAGUGACCGAGAGGCUGGAGGACGAGGAGGAAAUCAAUGCUGAGUUAACCACCAAGAAGCGAAAGCUUGAAGACGAAUGUUCUGAGCUUAAGAAGGACAUUGACGACCUUGAAAUAACUUUGGCAAAAGUGGAGAAAGAGAAACACGCCACUGAAAACAAGGUUAAAAAUAUAAUGGAAGAGCUGGCAAGUCUGGAAGAAAGCAUCAGCAAGCUGAGCAAAGAAAAGAAGGCCCUUCAAGAAGCCCACCAGCAGACCAUGGAUGACCUGCAAGCUGAGGAAGACAAAGUCAACUCUCUAACGAAGGCCAAGUCAAAGCUUGAGCAGCAAGUGGAUGACCUUGAAGGUUCACUUGAGCAGGAGAAGAAAAUCCGCCUGGACCUUGAGAGGGUUAAGCGGAAGCUAGAAGGGGACAUAAAACUUACCCAAGAGUCCCUAAUGGACGUUGAAAAUGACAAACAGCAGUCGGAGGAGAGGAUGAAGAAGAAAGAGUUUGAAAACAACCAGUUAGUAGACAAGAUUGCAAGUGAACAAACAAUCAACAAUCAGCUUCAAAAGAAGUUGAAGGAACUCCAUGCUCGAAUUGAAGAGCUGGAGGAAGAAGUGGAGGCUGAGCGUGCCAUGAGGGCCAAGAUCGAGAAGCAGAGAUCUGACCUGGCCCGAGAGAUCGAGGAGAUCAGCGAGAGACUGGAUGAGGCCGGAGGAGCCACUGCCGCUCAGAUUGAAAUGAACAAGAAGCGAGAAGCGGAGUUUCUGAAACUAAGGCGAGACCUGGAGGAGUCAACGCUGCAUCACGAGGCCACAGCCGCCGCACUGCGCAAGAAGCAGGCGGACAGCAUGGCCGAGCUCGGAGAGCAGAUAGACAACCUGCAGAGAAUCAAACAAAAACUUGAAAAGGAGAAGAGCGAGUUCAAAAUGGAGAUUGAUGACUUGGCAACUAACAUGGAAACUGUGGCUAAAACCAAGGUCAGCCUGGAGAAGACCUGCCGCUCCCUGGAGGACCAGCUCGUCGAGUUAAAGACCAAGAACGAUGAAAACAUGCGAAGCCUUUCAGAUCUCACCAAUCAGAGGGCCCGUUUUCAAAAUGAGAACGCCGAGUCAUCCCGGCAACUGGAAGAGAGAGAAAGUGUCAUAUCCCAGCUGACCAGAGGAAAGCAGGGGUUCACCACACAAAUUGAUGACCUGAAAAGACUUAUGGAAGAGGAAACUAAGGCCAAAAACGCUCUGGCGCACAGUUUGCAAUCAUCUCGUCACGACUGCGAUCUCCUCCGUGAACAGUAUGAGGAAGAGCAGGAGGCUAAGGCGGAGUUGCAGCGUGCUUUAUCAAAAGCUAACACCGAGGUGGCCCUCUGGAGGAAUAAAUAUGAGACGGAUGCCAUCCAGCGCACCGAGGAGCUGGAGGAAGCAAAAAAAAAGCUGGCACAGCGGCUCCAAGAGGCCGAGGAACAAAUUGAGGCGGUAAAUUCAAAGUGUGCCUCGCUGGAAAAAACUAAACAGCGACUUCAAAACGAGAUGGAGGAUCUCAUGGUUGAUGUGGAAAGGUCCAACAGCUUAGCCGCUACACUUGACAAGAAGCAAAGAAACUUCGAUAAGAUUAUGUCAGAGUGGAAGCAGAAGUAUGAAGAGUCUCAGGCCGAGCUUGAAGGUGCUCAGAAGGAAUCUCGAUCACUAAGCACAGAGCUCUUCAAGUUGAAGAACUCCUACGAGGAGGCCCUGGACCACUUGGAGACAAUGAAGAGGGAAAACAAAAACCUGCAACAGGAGAUAGCAGACCUGACAGAACAGCUUGGGGAAAGUGGAAAAAUGAUUCAUGAAUUAGAGAAAUUCAAGAAGAAUGUCGAAACUGAAAAGUAUGACAUGCAAACUGCGCUGGAGGAAGCUGAGGCCUCCCUGGAACAAGAGGAAUCCAAAAUUCUGUGCAUUCAAAUGGAGCUGAACCAAGUGAAAGCUGAAGUGGACCGGAAGAUAGUGGAGAAAGACCAAGAACUCGACCAGAUGAGAAAGAACAACCAUAGAGUCAUAGAAAUGAUGCAAGCCAAUCUGGACGCUGAGGUCCGCAGCAGGAACGACGCCCUGAGAGUGAAGAAGAAAAUGGAUGGAGACCUGAACGAGAUGGAGAUUCAGCUGAGUCAUGCCAACAGGCAGGCGGCUGAAGCCCUAAAACAGCUGAGGAAUGUCCAGGGGCAACUGAAGGAUGCCCAAAUCCACUUGGAUGAUUCACUAAGAAGCCACGAUGACAUGAAGGAGCAAGUGGGUAUGAUGGAGCGCAGGACCACUUUGAUGCAGGCCGAGAUCGAGGAACUUCGAGGAGUUGUGGAGCAGACAGAACGAAGCCGCAAAUUGGCAGAACAAGAGCUGAUUGAUGCUAGCGAGCGUGCAGGCCUUCUUCAUUCGCAGAACACCAGUCUCCUGAACACCAAGAAGAAGUUGGAGAUAGAUGUUACUCAGCUUCAUGGCGAAAUAGAAGAAGCUGCUCAGGAGGCCAGGAAUGCGGAGGACAAAGCCAAGAAAGCCAUCACUGAUGCAGCCAUGAUGGCUGAGGAGCUGAGGAAGGAGCAAGACACCAGCGCCCACCUGGAGAGGAUGAAGAAGAACCUGGAGAUCACGGUCAAAGACCUGCAGCAUCGCCUGGAUGAGGCAGAGAACUUGGCUAUGAAGGGUGGGAAGAAACAGAUACAGAAGCUGGAGUCCAGGGUUCGUGAGCUGGAGACUGAACUGGAAGCAGAGCAAAAGCGAUCCUCUGAGUCCAUCAAAGGAGUCCGCAAAUAUGAGAGGAAGGUCAAAGAGCUUAGCUAUCAGGCUGAAGAAGACAAGAAGAACAACCUUCGACUGCAGGACUUGGUGGACAAGCUCCAGAUCAAGAUGAAGGCUUACAAACGUCACGCAGAAGAAGCUGAGGAGCAGGCCAACAUGCACAUGGCCAGAUUCAGGAAGGUUCAGCACGAUUUGGAGGAGGCCGAAGAGAGAGCUGACGUGGCUGAGUCGCUCACCAACAAGAUGCGAGCCAAGAGCCGCGACAUUGGGCCCAAGCCACCCGAGGGACAAGGCGAGUAGCUGAGAGUGGAGCGACACGCCAUGUUACAGCAUGCAGCUAAAAUCUGUUUAAAUGUUCAUAUCAACAUGCAGCAAGAUUCAAUUACAUCAAGUAAGGCCAGAAAAACACAAUUAAACAAUUUGGCACUCACAAACACAUAUCAGCGCUUCAGAAGCUAACAUAAGCAAGUAACUACACCAUUGUCAGCUAAACAUUUGAAAGAUACAAAGUGUCAACUUAAAAAGGUAUUUCUUCUAAAACGUCAGGCAGUUUUAAGAGCAUGCUAACCAUGCUAAUGAUGGUUAUUUACUGCUAGAAAACACAAGUGUUCAGUGACCUCACGUGAAGAUGGAACAUUUACACUUUUGUUCCAAUGCUUUGUUCAAAUAAUAAAUGUGUCCUGUUGGAGGAUGUGGAACUUUUGAGUCAUCCUGCCUUUCACCAGCAGAGGGAGACAGUGUCCUGUUCAACUCCACUGACAAUGAAGCAUGUCAUGAAACAAACAUGCGACUUUACAAAUGCUGACACAAAGAAUAUGCUUCUCUUUUAUUUAA